AUGCCUUCCCAGACCAAGCCUCGCAGGUUCCUUCCCCAGCCAAUCGAGGAAACAACUCGUACUUCUCACAGGAAAACUGCGGAGUCUGGGAACCGUGCUCCAGAUUCAGAAGCUUCCGCUCGAGACACGCAGGACAAGUUGCCCUCGUCGUCUUCACUUACCUCAACUCUAUCAAGCAAUCAAGACUCUACUACACCAAGACGCUUCAAACCAGAACCUGUCGAGACAUCUACACGCACCUCACGGAGGAAAUUUGCCCCAGAGCCUAUUGAGACAAGCACUAGGAAGAGCAAAGACACGCCCAAGCCACAGGAAGAAGACAAGCCGACCAAACCGCGCUCUCGAUUUGCCCCGGAGCCAAUUGAGACCACCACCAAGAGCAGUAACGACAAGAAGCCUCUCAAGGACGAAGUCGACACUGAGAAAACCCCUCGCCCCAGACGAAGAUUCGCCCCGGAGCCGAUUGAAAUCACCACUACAACACGGCGACGACGCCGGAAACUAGACACGAGGGAUUCGGAUGAAGAGACUGACCCGGACCCUCAGUCAGAAAUUUCCCCGGCUUCUAGUAGAGAGUCCUCUGGACCCCGCAAGUUCUCUCCGGAAUUGCUAGAGACCGCUAAAGGCUCAUAUCGACGUGUCCACAAUCCGUCUCCAGUCCUACAAAGCCCUCCGUCUUCUCAACCGGAUCCUGCUUCGGGAAAGGAAGCGGAGGAGGAGGACGUGGAUGAAGUGACUGACCUGGAACAAUCCAAAUUCUCCGCCGCUGCCUUGGCUCGAAAACAUCCCGAGAUCACUCGGCAGCAUUCAUUUGUGGUUCCCGACCUGCCUAUGAUAGAGUCGACUGACGAAGGUGAAAGCUCUGAUACUCCAUCUCUGAGCGAUUCUCCUUCAUCUCUGGACAUUGAGAACCGAAGGAACACAAAUCAACCCGACCCUAAAGAAAGCUAUACCGACUAUGUCCUUCGCCUGGCUGCAGAGACGGUGACAGAGAAGGAAUUGCAAGAGCAGGCCAUGGCUGCCUAUAUCAAUGAGAGGCCGUACGAACCAGUCGAUCACUUUGCCAUAUCCCAUGACGAAGAUGAAGACGGCCCAUUGCCAGUCCCAAUGUUUCAAGGCGAGAAGGGCGUCGAUGUGAAAACAUUCCGUCGGUCAUCAGCAGCAGAACUUGAUCUAGAGAUGGCGAAUAUGCGUAAACAUCACGAGCAGCUGGAGCAGGCGAAGCGUGAACUCAAAGCCGACACUGCUGGGCAGAGCCGCUUUAGUGCAGCAGCUUUAGCAACUCGGCAUGCCAUUGAGGCAAAGACCGUCAAAAAGGCCAAAAAACCACGGCCAGAUGAAGACUCGGAACUUGCAAGAAUGCGUGCAGCUGCAUCACCUCCAAUGUUGGGGUCAGAUCUGCUUUUCCCUUUCACAAUUUCACCCAAGAUGACCCGAUGCGAUCCAGAUCAGGCUCCAAGACCACGAAAUGCAGAUAGUGACGACGAGAUGCCGAGUCCACAGUCACCUCAGCUAUGGAAAACAGAUUCAAAGCCUCAAAAUAGUGCAGGGGCUGGUCUAUGGAUGGGUUUGUGCCAGGCAUCGCAAUCUCGACCUGCACCCCAGGAAAACGGCUUGCGAAGUGGGAUUCAGACUCCUGUUCCUCAAACUCCAGCAGGGGAUAGAAACAACCCAUUCGAGGUGUCUCUUGCUAUUAGAGGUAGCCAGACACCUGGUCGAGGGAAUCAAACACCCGGGCGUAAGAGGCCGUACACGGGGUUGGCAUUCCUCCCAUUGACUCCUCCCCGCAGUCAGGAUGGAGAUGACAUCUUCACUAGCACAAUCGAUCGAAAAUUACAGCUGGAGAAACAAAUUGAAGAUGAAUUUCCCACCCGUGUCAUUACCCAGAUCUACAACUAUUUGAGCCUUGGAUAUCCCAGCCUUGCGCACAUGUUCGACGAAGAAUUAAGCAAAAUUAGCCGCAUACCACUAGAAGAGCUCAGACGAGACGACUACAACGUCGACGCGAAGGGCUAUGUUGGUGCUCCAGAAGGCGACGGCGCCGACGAACGCGAAGUUAUUGGCAAAUGUAAGCGCUGGGAAGCCUUGAGACUAUAUAUCAAAGAGUGGGCUCGACAAAGUCCCAAUUUUGCUGAUGACCGUGCCCGUCCUGUUGGUGCAAAUGAAGACUGGGGUGCACGAGCGAGAAAGGGCAGCUGGGGACACUAG